AUGUCUCCAUGGUGGAACAAAUCUUCAUCUGAAGAAGUAAAGAAGAAGUCAAACAGUGGGGGUAUUUUCGGAACGAUUCAGAGAAAGCUGAAAAGCCCAUCUGAAUCAAAACACAAAACAAAGGGAUCUAAUUCCCGUGUGGGUUCUCCAUCAACACUAGUGGCUCGAUCCCAAAGUUUUGCAGAAAGACCUCUUCCCCACCCACUCCCACUUCCUGAUGUUCAUCCUACUGCUGAUUCAGGAAAAAGGGCAUCAAGAAAAUCUGGAAUUGGGAAAGGCUCCUCAUUGACACCUCAUAAACCUAGUCGUUCCCAAAAAUGCCCCUGUGAUGAUCCCUCUGAUUCACGGCUUCUAAGCCCUCAGGUAUCCGACUAUGAAAAAAAUUACACAAACAGUCCUUCCAGUGCGGUUUACAAGAUCCAAAAUCAUCACAUUGCAACACAAAAGAGAAGGGAGAAAUUGAAGCCGGUGAACACAAACACGUGUCUGAACAACCAAACGGUGCCCACGUCACCAAAGCGGCGACCUUUAAGUCGCCACAUGGCGAAAUUACAGAUCCCUCAAUCUGGUGCUUUCUUUAGUGCUCCAGACAGUUCCAUGUCCAGCCCAUCUAGAAGUCCAAUGAGGGUAUUUGGGCCUGACCCGACUCUGACCUCUGGUUUAUGGGCCGGAAGGCCCUAUGCCGAUGCGGGUUUUCUUGGGUCGGGUCAGUGCUCUAGUCCCGGGUCGGGUCACAACUCGGGUCAUAACUCGGUUGGUGGAGACAUGUCUGCUACUCAGUUACUCUGGCAACAUAGUCGAUGCAGCCCUGAAUGCUCACCUAUACCUAGUCCUAGGAUGACUAGCCCCUGGUCCUAG